AUGGAAACGGAAUUAACUCGAUUGAAAAAGCGUCGUGGCGUGGUCAAAGCAAACUUAACCAGAUUCAAAGCUUUCCUGGAUACUUAUGAGGCCGAAAGAGAUUACAAUACAUUAAAAAUUCGGUUUGAAAAAGCAAGGGAUUGGUUAACAGAAUUCGAAAACGUACACAUGGAAAUAGAGAUUGCAGAGGAUAGCACCGACGACGAUUCUAAGCUAAUAUUCGAGGAAAAUUACUAUCAGCAGAUAGCGAGAGCACAGCAGUUGUUGGAUGAGAGAGAGGAGAGUAUGGCAUCGAGCCGUAAUACAAACAGUGAUGCGAAUGGUGAUGCGAAUCUUUGUGCAAUAUUGAGACAGUUAACAAGCAUGAAUACAAACGACACGGGGGUUAAACUUCCUACCAUAACACUACCGAAGUUUGAUGGUAGAUAUGAAGACUGGUUGAGCUUUGAGGAUUCGUUUAAAACUUUAGUUCAUAGUAACGUAAAAAUACAAGCAGUGCAAAAGUUCAACUAUCUUAAGUCAUGUUUGGUCGGCAACGCGACUCAAAGCAUACAGUCAUUGGCAGCAACAGCAGAGAACUAUGAAAUAACAUGGAAUCUAUUGAAAGAGAGAUACAGCAACAAGCGCAUCAUCAUUCAGAGUCACGUAAAGGCACUGUUUGAAUUACAGGCGAUCAUGAAAGUGACAGCGUCAAGCUUGAAUACACUAAUUGAUACAACGCUCAGGCAUAUCCAAGCAUUAAGAAAUCUCGAGCAACCGGUAGAAGGCUGGGAUAUGUUACUUCUGCACUUAAUCGGCGCUAAAGUAGAUAAAAGGACACGCGUCGAAUGGGAAAAGACUUUAGAGGGAAAUGAAGUCCCUACGCUAGAGCAAUACUUUAAAUUUCUGCGUAAUAGAUGUCACAUAUUAGAGGCUAUUCCCAACGAUGCACUGAAUCGCGAAAAUACGUCAAAUAGCAAGACGUUGAGUUCAAACAAGACAGCUGCCAGCAAAGCGAAGCAAGUCUUGCUUGAAACACAAGCAAAGGUCGAGUGUCAUGUUUGUGGAGGCAACCACAAAAUACAGCAGUGUCCAAAGUUUGAAGCCAUGAGUUUAAAUGAAAGGUCAGAGGCCGUAAAGAGGGCAGGUCUCUGUUUCAACUGCUUUAGACCUAAUCAUAGAGUAAACGAAUGUAAGGCUAGUAGAUGCAGAAAAUGCGAAAGAAAACACAAUACAAUGUUACAUACGGUCAAGGAAGGUGACGCGAUACAAGCGGUUGAGGCAGAGACAGACCCUAAAACAGCGCAAGCUGCAGCGAAAGGCACCACUCAAAGUUUGAGCUCAACGUUAAGGAGGCCAACACAGAUAGUUUUAUCCACAGCCGUAGUAAGCGUCAUGGAUGCUGCCGGUCAUUAUCAGUCGUGUAGAGUUGUUCUAGAUGCCGGAUCGCAAGCCAAUUUUAUAGCCGAAACUUGUUGUAGUAAGUUAAAGCUACAUAAAAAUACGAUAGACAUCCCUAUUAGCGGAAUCGGAGAUAGGAUUUCUCAUAUCAAACAUUCAACAAAGGUAACUAUCAAAUCUAGAAGCGAUUCUCUUGUACUAUCCCUCGAUUGUUUAGUAAUUCCAAGGAUAACGGAGAUGCUACCGAGCAGCGUAAUCGAUCGAAAGGCACUAGAUAUUCCGGAGAAUAUCAUUCUUGCGGAUCCGACAUUUGACCAACCAAACCACGUAGAUAUACUUAUAGGCGCAGAAUACUUUUACCAUUUGUUAUGCGUAGGACAAAUCAAAUUGAAAGUAGGUACAAUGCUGCAACAAACUCGAUUUGGCUGGGUGGUAGUUGGCAAAAUUUAUUCGCCUAACGCUGUAGCAACUAAACUAUGCCAUCUCUCUAGAAGUACAUUGGAGGAGGCAGUAAGGAAGUUUUGGGAAACAAAGGAGCUACCACCGAGAAGAAUACUCUCACCGGAAGAAGAGGAGUGUGGAAAACACUACGAGCAAAAUGUUAUAAGGCUUUCUUCAGGACACUACGCAGUGAAGUUACCUUUCAAUGACAAGAAGAAUAGAUUAGGUGAGUCGUACGGGCUAGCUCUAAAAAGACUGCAAGGAUUAGAAAGAAGGUUGAGUGCAGACGCUAAGUUAUACGAAGAAUAUCGGAGUUUCCUUAAAGAAUAUGAAGCCCUGGGACAUAUGUCUCGGAUAGAGAACGCAAGUAUUCAAGAGAGCUAUUUUCUUCCUCAUCAUGCAGUACUGAAGGAUAGCAGCAACACUACGCGAGUGAGAGUGGUGUUUGACGCUUCAACGAGAACUACUACUGGGCUUUCGCUGAACGAUACUCUACUUACAGGUCCUGUAUUGCAGCGAGACCUCUUCUCUGUGGUUACACGGUUUCGCCUGCACAACAUAGUCUUUACAGCAGACAUAGAGAAAAUGUUCAGACAGGUGUAUAUACAGGAGGAUGAUCGUCGUUUUCAAAGGAUACUAUGGAGAGACAACCCACAAGAGGCUGUUAAAACAUAUCAAUUGAAUACCAUAACCUACGGGAUGUCCUCGUCAUCAUAUCUAGCAACGGGUACGGUACAACAGGUCGCUGAGGACGAGCAACAACGUUAUCCAGGAGUGGCAGAAAUAGUAAAGCAAGAUAUGUACAUGGACGAUCUUCUGACAGGAGCAAGCACGUUGGAGCGAGCGCAAGAGUUGAGGACUCAGAUUGCAAGCCUUUUGAAGAGAGGAGGCUUCCACCUUCGGAAGUGGGCCUCAAAUCAUCCGCGGUUCGGCGAAGGAACUAACAACGGGGAGGAAGAACACGUAAGCUUAGACUUUGCCGAUACACACAAGACGCUAGGAGUUCUUUGGAACCAACAGCAGGAUUGCCUACUAUAUCGAGUCAACAUACGACCACAGGGAUGCGAAGUAACCAAGCGAACCAUAUUGGCACAAGUCGCAUCUUUGUACGAUCCUCUAGGGCUGCUAGGCCCGAUUAUAGUCAAGGCUAAAAUACUGCUCCAAACCCUAUGGAAACUGAAAGUGGAUUGGGACGAGCAAGUUCCAGCAGAAAUCUGCGAUCAAUGGAAGGCAUAUCUAAACAGCUUAGAAGAACUAAACAACAUCACAUUUCCACGACAAGUCUGUGCAACGCAAGUUGCAAGUCUACAGUUACACGGGUUUGCAGAUGCAAGUGAGGCCGCAUACGGAGCUUGUUUGUACAUUAGAUCAACAAGGUUCAACCAGACUUAUCACACAGCACUGGUCUGCUCUAGAUCAAGGAUAGCACCACUGAAGAAACUAACAUUGCCAAGGUUAGAGCUAUGUGCCGCCUUGUUGUUGGCACAACUUUGUCAAACCGUGUUGAAAGCGUUCGGCAUAUCGUUUGACAGAGUCAUCUUGUGGUCAGAUUCAACUGUAGCUUUACAUCGGAUCCAGACGCAGCCACAUCGCUUAAAAACGUUUGUUGCGAACCGUGUCGCCGCAAUUCAAGAUAUCAACAACAGAGAAGAAUGGAGACACGUAGCAUCGCGCGACAAUCCGGCAGACCUGGUUUCGAGAGGAGCUCUGCCUGCGAGUCUAAUCAGCAAUCCGUUAUGGAAGACCGGUCCGGAAUGGCUCACAGAACACGAGACCAAAUGGCCCAAGCUCGACUCAAACUUACUGGAGACUCCGGAGGAAAGAAAGACAACUGUUCUGAAGGCGGAGAGGAGGUUCGACAUACUGCGACAAUUUUCAAGGGUUUCUGUACUUCACAGGGUGAUGGCAUGGUGUUGCAGAUUUACGAACAAUUGUCUUGGAAAGGGCAAGGCAAGAGGUAAUCUGACGAAUUUAGAGUUGAAGCAAGCAAUGACGAAGAUAAUCAAACUCGUCCAACUCGAGUUUUUUGCGAGCGAGAUUAAAGAGCUAAACGCGGGUAGAUUGCUCAAAAAUAGUAGUAAGAUAGCUUCUUUACAUCCAUUUGUGGAUGCUAGUGGAGUUCUGCGAGUAGGAGGAAGGCUAGCGCAUGCAGAUCUGAAAUAUGAGCAAAGGCAUCAAAUCAUUUUGCCACAAAGACAUCACGUAACCGAGUUAAUCAUUAGGAAUGCUCAUCUUUCAUUGCUGCAUGCUGGGCCUCAAGCAACGCUGUAUUACAUUAGACAAAAGUAUUGGCCAGUACACGCGAGGAGUCGUAUAAAGCAGAUCAUUCACGAAUGUGUGGUAUGUUUUAAAGCGAAGCCAAGAAUGUUAGAAUAUAAAAUGGGUGAUCUUCCCAAGGAAAGAUCAAGGUUUAUUCGCCCCUUCGCGAACUCAGGUGUUGACUACUGCGGUCCCUUUUUGAUCAAAGAGAAAAAGGAAAGAAAUAGAAAUAAAGUAAAGGUUUACGUAUCCAUCUUCGUGUGCCUGUCAACAAAGGCGGUGCAUUUAGAGUUGGUGAGUGACUUAACCACCCAGGCGUUUCUUGCAGCUUUAAAGAGAUUCUUCAGCCGCAGGGGCAAGGCAAAUCUUUUAAUGUCUGAUAAUGCCACUAACUUUAUUGGUGCAAGAAACGAGUUACGAGAUUUAGGCAAAUUUAUUAACACUAAUAAAACUGCGAUAGCGCAUCGGUUGGGUGAACAGGGGGUAGACUGGAAAUUCAUACCCCCGCGGGCUCCUCAUUUUGGAGGAUUGUGGGAAGCAGCAGUGCGUUCCUUUAAAUAUCACUUGUACCGCGUAAGUAAGCACACUUUAUUUACAUUUGAGCAGUUCAAUACGUUAAUCAUAGAGAUAGAGGCCAUCUUGAACUCCAGACCUUUGACACCUUUGUCCACCGAACCGGGUGAUCUGGCUGUAUUGUCUCCGGGUCAUUUUUUAAUUGGAGAUUCUCUUUUAUCUGUUCCCGAAGCCGAUUUCACUGAUACUCCCAGCAAUAGGCUUGCUCACUGGCAACAUAUUCAGAAACUAAAACGCGACUUCUGGGUCAGAUGGAAUAAAGAGUAUCUGACCGAAUUGACACAGCGCACUGUAAAAAGUAAGGAGCGAUCUCCCGAGUUGCAAGUAGGCGAUUUAGUUAUAUUAAGGGAAAUUAACGCGCCACCUUUGUAUUGGCCUACAGGGCGAGUUGUAAAAUUGUAUCCGGGUAAUGACGACAUUGUCCGAGUAAUAGAGGUGAAAACAGCUAAUGGUAUCUACAAGCGUGCGGUAAAAAAUGUAGCACUCUUGCCUAUACAACGCAAUUAA